GAGGUCGAAAUAAAUUCGCCAACGAGGCAGGUCUCGAGGAGGGGCUUUGGGACUUGUGGAUAAGUAGACGUGUCAGGCCACUACAUCCAACGUCUUCUCGACUCUCUCUUUCUCUUCUCUCUUCCCCGACGAUAGCAGCCCCAGUCUUCGAAGGCUAGAACCCGGCUCCAAACAAGACAAAUAACAAAUCAUCAAUACUGGUUCAACUUCUGUGGGUUGUCGCAGCCCUGCAAAAAUGGGUCUUGGAGUCCAGGAAGACAGGAAACUGGACCACGUCCCCGGGACGGUCCUGCUGAACGAUGAAGCCGCCCACUCAGAAGCCAUCACCUCGGGGCUCAAGCACGGAAAGGGUCGCGAUGCUCAUAUCGUGCUGUCGCCGCAGCCCAGCGAGGACCCCAACGAUCCCUUGAACUGGCCACUAUUGAAGAAGGAAAUCAUCAUCGCCAUCCUCUGCCUCGGUUCGAUGCUUAACGCCGGCACCAAUGGUCCUUUCCUCAACGCGUCCUAUUUCGAAAUGUCCCAGCAGCUGAACACGGAUAUCACGACUGUUGUCUUGGUCUCUGGAUACAAUCUUUUGGCUGCGGGAUGUAUUGGACCAUUCGUCUCUGCUUUCAGUCGCAAAUACGGCAAAAGACCAGUCUUCCUUGUGUCUACGCUCUUCGACAUCGUCGGGACGGCCAUCGGCGAGGCCAGAAUCUCCUACAAAUAUCUCCUGGCCGCCCGCAUCGUCCAAGGGUUUUCGACAUCGGCCUUUGAAUCCCUCAUUGUGGCGACUGUCGGCGACAUGUACUUUGUGCACCAGCGAGGUCUGCGUAUCUCCAUCAUCAACUUCAUCCUCAAUUCCGCGUCCAGUCUGGCAUCCGUCAUCUGCGGAGUGGUGUUCCAGAAGCUCGGCUGGCUGUGGCUGUUCCACAUGUUCCAGAUUUUCCUCGUGGUGCAAUUCGUGCUCAUGUUCCUCUUCUGUCCCGAGACGACGUAUAUCCGUGACAUGCGCUACAACACCGACACCGCGGUGGACGAGAAGCUCCAGGAUCUGGCCGUGAUCGAGGCCACGCACAAGGAGAUGGUGGGCGAGCCGGGACAGGGCGACCGCACGGACAUCCCCAAGAAGAAGACCUUUGUGCAAGAGCUGGCCGUCUGGACGGGCGUCUACUCCCACGACAACAUCCUGAAAUUCCUCUUCGGGCCGUUCUUGACUCUUCUCAACCCGGCCGCCUGUUAUGCCAUCAUUGCAUCUGGCGUGCUCAACAGCUGGUAUGUCGGUUCUGCAAUCAUCUUGGCCGGCAUCUUCUCUGGCCCACCGUGGAAUUUCGAUGCUUUGCAGAUCGGCUACGUCGGAUUUGGUCCCUUCAUUGGAGGUUUGAUUGGUUCGAUCAUCACCGGUGUCACGAGUGACUAUGUCAUCAAAUACCUGGGCCGCAAGAACAAAGGUGUCUACGAACCCGAAUUCCGUCUGGUGUUUAUGGCUCCUGCCGGAGUCGCAUGUGGCCUCGGAAUGUUCCUGUUUGGGUAUACUCUCGCGGUGGGUGCUGCGGCCGAGCUGUGCGCGUUCUUGCAGGGUGUCAUGAUGGUGGGCGUGUUGAUCGGUAUCUUCGCGACGCUCUCGUACGGCCUGGACUCGUUCCGAGAUCAGAGCAACGAGAUUUUCGUCAUGAACAUGCUUUUCAAGAACUUCAUGUUCUACGGCCUCUCCAACUACGCCAACAACUGGGUCGCCGCCCACGGGCCCGAGCAGAUCAUGUACGUGUUCGGCGGCACCUCGAUCUUCCUCUCCCUCUUGGCCAUCCCGGUGUACAUCUUCGGCAAGCGCCUGCGGAGCUGGUGGGCCAGGCACGACCUGUUCAAGAUAUUGAAGAUGGAGACCCACGGCCCGAUGAGCGAGAUGGGUUAGUUUGUUUGUUGUUGAAUUGGUGGGGGCACCGUGGGGGUUUAGAGAAGGGGUUGGAUCGACCCGACCAAGUGACUUGGGCAUUGACCGGAUGAGAUGUUGGGUCACCGGGUCGGGUCGAGCGAGCCCUACCUCAGCCCAGCGAGAUCCGAUAUACCGCGCGUGCUUCUCAACAGGGGUGGACAUUCAACAAAGUGUCUUCUGGGAAUUACAGGGCGACAUUGUCGAGACGGAUGCGCUCAUAAUCAUGUACAUCACCAAGAUCUAGGA